UGGCCUGAAGCAGAAGUGGAGGAAAGAUGGAGGACCAUCAGCACAUGCCCAUCGACAUCCAGACCAGCAAGCUGCUCGAUUGGCUGGUGGACAGAAGGCACUGCAGCCUGAAAUGGCAGAGUCUGGUGCUGACGAUCCGAGAGAAGAUCAAUGCUGCCAUCCAGGACAAGCCAGAGAGCGAAGAGAUCGCACAGCUGCUGUCUGGGUCCUACAUUCACUAUUUUCACUGCCUAAGAAUCCUGGACCUUCUCAAAGGCACAGAGGCCUCCGCGAAAAAUAUUUUUGGCCAAUACUCUUCACAGCAGAUGAAGGAUUGGCAGGAGAUUAUAGCCCUAUAUGAGAAGAACAACACCUACUUAGUGGAACUCUCUAGCCUCCUGGUUCGGAAUGUCAACUAUGAGAUCCCCUCACUGAAGAAGCAGAUUGCCAAGUGCCAGCAGCUGCAGCAAGAAUACAGCCACAAGGAGGAGGAGUGCCAGGCAGUGCCUGCCGAGAUGUGGGAGCAGUUCUACCACUCCUGCAAGCAGUAUGGCAUCACGGGUGAAAAUGUUCGAGGAGAACUGCUGGCCCUGGUGAAGGACCUGCCGAGUCAGCUGGCUGAGAUUGGGGCAGUGUCUCAGCAGUCCCUGGGGGAAGCCAUUGACGUGUACCAGGCCUCUGUGGGGUUUGUGUGUGAGAGCCCCACAGAGCAGGUGUUGCCAAUGCUGCGGUUCAUGCAGAAGCGGGGAAACUCAAUGGUGUACGAGUGGAGGACAGUGACAGAGCCCUCUGUGGUGGAGCGACCCCACCUCGAGGAGCUUCCUGAGCAGGUGGCAGAAGACGCGAUUGACUGGGGCGACUUUGGGGUAGAGGCAGUGUCUGAGGGGACUGACUCUGGCAUCUCUGCCGAGGCUGCUGGAAUCAACUGGGGCAUCUUCCUGGAAUCAGAUUCAAAGGACCCUGGAGGUGACUGGGGAGACGAUGCUGUUGCUUUGCAGAUCACAGUGCUGGAAGCAGGAACCCAGGCUCCAGAAGGUGUUGCCAGGGGCCCAGAUGCUCUGACACUUCUUGAAUACACUGAGACCCGGAAUCAGUUCCUUGAUGAGCUCAUGGCGCUUGAGAUCUUCUUAGCCCAGAGAGCAGUGGAGUUGAGUGAGGAGGCAGAUGUCCUGUCUGUGAGCCAGUUCCAGCUGGCUCCAGCCAUCCUGCAGGGCCAGACCAAAGAGAAGAUUGUUACCAUGGUGUCAGUGCUAGAGGAUCUGAUUGGCAAGCUUACCAAUCUUCAACUGCAACACCUGUUUUUGACCCUGGCCUCACAAAGGUAUGUGGACUGAGUGACUGAAUUCCUCCAGCAAAAGCUGAAGCAGUCCCAGCUGCUGGCUUUGAAGAAAGAGCGGAUGGUGCAGAAGCAGCAGGAGGCAAUUGAGGAGCAGGUGGCUCUGGAGCCUAAGCUGGACCUGCUGCUGGAGAAGACCAAGGAGCUGCAGAAGCUGAUUGAAGCUGACAUCUCCAAGAGGCAAAAGACCAGGCCGACUGGAAGUCGGAAAGCCACAGGAAGGAAGCGGCACCUGAUGGUUAUCUUGGCACUCCCCAUGUUCUCUACAAGAAGCUGUGGUGAUCGGCCCUGUGGCCUGUCAAGCGAAAACCACAGCUUCUCCUUCUAG